CCAUGUGCUUGACGAAACGCAUCGACGAGGUCCGUCUGCUGGAGUCCCGCAAAAGCGCUCGUCUAGCCGAUCAAGACACGGAUUUCGCCAGGCUCGCCGACAUGGCCGGCGACAGGAAACGAGCGUCCUCCCAUUCCAUCGAUGUACCCCACGUCAUCGGUCCUGUCUGUUCCAGAUCCAGGAAGCGACGACCCAGCUCGAGCAACGACUCGGAGCGGUCGUACAGUGGGUGGAGUGAAAGGGUGCCUCAUGGCUGCGGUCGUGAGGGGUGUCGCACCAACGAGCGCGGCGACUGUAUGGACGAGUGCACGGCUGCCCUCGUUCUCAUGUCGCUCUCUUGCUCGCCGCACAGUCCUCAUAACCCUUUGCCACUUCAUUGCCAGCACAAUUAUGGCUCUUGGGGUGGUCGUGGUGGAGGCGGCGGCAUCAGCGGAGGCAGCAUGAUGGUGAUCGGGUCGCCCGGAGCCAGUGGCACGUCCAACAGCAGCAGCAGCAGCAGCGGCGCCUCCUGGCGCAGCGGAACUCCGAGUCCACCCUUGAGCGACGAGGGUGCACCCACGACCGGCUCCCUCUGGCCCGCACCUGCCCACCCCUCGCAUAAUCAACAGCACUACCCUUACAACGCGUCCGGGUCCUCCUCCAGCAGCACCCCCGGCUCGACCACCACCCUCGACGAGGGAAUCGUGCCGGACUACCUGGAGGAGCACCACCCCCGCAAGAAGAAGAUACGCGCCAAAGUGAAUCGCGACCUCAUCGAGAAUGGGCUCACCGGGAACUUCGAGAACGACCAGACAAAUCCCGCAGUGGUCUUCAAGUGCACUUGGCCAGGGUGUCUCGAGAUCAAGGCUACAUGUCCCCUUAUCGAGGAGCACGUGCGACAACUACACCUUGGCCCCAAGAAAUCGAAGGGCCCCGAGGACGAGGAGGAUGACGAUAUGUCGGACCACGAGGAGGAGUUCUAUUACCAGGAAGUCGCGGUCGAUCACAUGAGCUCGCCGCCGACCAUGUCGCACCGCGACAUGGCGAGGCCACCGCACGAGGACCCGGAAUAUCAGAAGCAGCUUCGCCUGGAAGCGAAUCCGGCAGUCGGUAACUGUCCCGAGAACCCCAUGGCCGUCGGUAUCAGGGAGCGAGUCGGCACCUUCGCCGCGGCAGCGUCGCCGAGCACGCCGAUCAAGCACAUCAAGCUCUCGCCGCGACCGUUCCAGGCGUACCAGCAGAACAUCGGCCUGCUGACGGUGUCGAACAAGCUGCCGGCGUCCCCGCGCCGGAUCCGCGGCGAGACGAAAAAAUGCCGCAAGGUCUACGGGAUGGAGCACCGGGACCUCUGGUGCACCCAGUGCAAGUGGAAGAAGGCGUGCAGUCGUUUCGGCGACUAGGCCGGGGUCCGGCCGGGCCGCCCCGCCUAGCAGCCCCCAUCGUCGGCCGCCUGCGUCCCGAGCACCGUGCAAACGUCGACGCCGACUGUCAACUGCCAGCAGUCGGCGAAACCCCCGAGGCCCUUCGAGGGCCACCGAGGGCCACCUCGGAGGCAGCGACGCGGCCCUGGAGGCCCUCGCAUCGUCGCGACCCCCUCGAUCGGCGCGGCGCCGGUACCGCGGUACCACCUCGGACGAGCGUCGCGACGGAGACCCGGCGAAACCCGUCGCGGCCCGAUCCCAUGACGGAUCGCGAGCGGAUCGCGAGCGGAUCGCGAGCGGAUCGCGCCACGAACGGAGAUUCGCCAGUCUCUUUUAGGGAUAGUUAGGGGCUCGGUUCGCCGUCAUGGGGUUCGGCCCCAAGGAUCGAACGGUCGCUCGUCGAGCGAGAUCAACCGAGCCAAUGCGGGGGUGGAUCCAGCUCCCGGGUACCUAGUUCGAGGCUCGGGUUGUUGUUUGCCCUAAGUUCGACCCAAGGCUCCUCGGGGAGCCGCCGGGGACCUCCCUCGUCUGCCGCGCCGACUUCGGACGUGGAGCGACCGCCGGCCCGGUACCAGAGGUUACGACGUUCGGGGCAAAGUUAGCGAGCCUCUGUCACCCGGGGUCGAUUAGACGGGGAGGUUCGGAGAAACGACAGAGACGCGGUGGAACUCGAAGCUGACUCGACGCUGGGCUCGUCACCGGAGAGAAUGAGAUAGAGAGAGAGGAUGACGGGGAGAGGGAAGGAGCUCUGGGCUACCUACCGGAGCGAGAGUGCCAGCGUGUCGGAGGAAUGAGCGAAUUGUGAUAUAUUUUAUCUAAAUUAAUCGGGCCCCAAGGGCCGCAUCAGGCGCGGGGACGCAGCGUAAUGAGUCAGGAGAGGAGAGAAAUCCAGAAAGAGGGGGCGAGGAAAGGGCUCGGAGUGAGGAAAAGGGAUAGGAUGUUUUAUACACCAAUUCUAUACUGCCAGACAACCAGUAAUAAGGAGAUAAAAUGUCAUUGUUCAUGUUACGCGGAAGUAUACGCGGUACGCGAGAGUAUUAUCUUUAGGAACGCGGUCGUGCCCUCGGCGCCCGCGUUAAUCGGCGAGAUUUCGACGAGGCAUAUCCUGCGCUUACUCCGAGUGGUUUAAUUGCGGUAAUUGAAUUAAUAUCUACCCGAUUGAGACGUCGGUGACGCUGAUUUACCGCCACUUGGCGCAUGCGCUAGGGUCGAUUUACGCCGGGUUUCCCGUUCUCUUCGGGUUUUACGUGGACGCCAAGAGCGCACGAUCGCGCUCCGGUCGAUCGUUUCGCCCGCGUUCUCGCGCGAUCACCCAUCAUACGAUAGGGACGAGGGGUGGAGGGGCGAUACUCUCACCUCGCGUUUUCACUUUCUAUCGCGAGCACCUCCGCGGUCGCCGUUGCGACGAGACCCGUCCACGUACGAGCGACGAUCCUCCCGUCUCCGGGGAAAUACUCAUCUCGGGCCGCAACGUCGAAUUAUGCUUCCAGGAUGACAGAAUCUUCCCGACAGGCCACUAGGAAAUCUUGUAUCGUUCGCGGAGCCGCGACGAGGCGCUCAUACGAAAUGUCGUAUCUUUACCUCCGCUCCGUAAACCUCGGACCGCGCGGAUCCGCGAUCACGUUUCCGAGGGUGCAUCUUUUGACGGGGAUCUUUUUUGGUUUUUUUUUUUAUCGUAAAACUAUAAUAUAUAUACAGAGAUGUCGGUGAGCGGUACAAAAACGGCGGUCGGUCGGAGGGCCGUUCGUUAUCGGUGAUACCCGCGAUAUCAUCCCUCGUCUCGGGAUGACUUGGGCGAUCGAUCGAUCCAUCGAUUACUCGGUAACGACGGGAUGCCGAAAUUUUCACGUACUUCCGUUCUACCUGCGUGUAACACUCGUUUCAUCGAAGAUCGGCCAAGUCAUCUCUGAAUUGUAAAUUGGGAACGGGUGGGACGAUGCCAGUGGACAAGGUUACCCGUUUUGUCGCUGUCAGAUAAGUUUCCGAAAAUACGGAGAUCGAUCGCUGUGUAUACCGAUUAAUCGCGCAGUCGGGAUCUAGAGGAGAAAGGCGAAACUCCGGUUGUGUACCGAAGACAGGUUGUUUCUCGCGUUCGCUCCGUGGCGAUAAGACUUUUCGCUAAAGGAGCGAUUCGUGUGUCUAAAAGUGCGUUGUAGCGUUAUAUUGGCGUUUUACCACGCGGGGUAAUCCUAACGGUGGAAACGGAGUACCCAGUUAAGGAUGCUAAGCUCAUUGCACGAUUGGGAGCCAAGUACACGAGUCGAAACAUAAGGAAUUAAACUGGACGAUUUUACGUAAGAUCCUUGAGCCUUUAUCAGAGCGGCGCAGCUUCGGCGCUCUACCGAAUCAUCGUCUGUGAUCAAAAAUUGUCCCAAGCUCCAUCUGUGAUCAAAGAUUGUGCACCUCGCACGUCCAAUUGUGCAAUCGACUUUACGCGUCUACGCGUGGACGCCUCGGCGUCGCCAGGUCGUAGACUCCCUGGGCGGUGUCACCGCGUUAAAGACUCGAUCGUGAUUUUCGUAACCGGAGACCUACCGUGAAAGUUGGUCGCGGCUGCUUAAUCGUCGUAAAUAAUUACCAGCCGUUAAAAAGGAUAGUUUAGAAGCCGGCGGUACUGUGCCGGCCGUUGGAGUUCCCUGAACUCCAGUUUCAGCUUCGAGCCGAUCGAGCGGAAGCUAGGAGUCCGCAGGGCCAUCCGAUAUUUCCUUCGAAGCGUUCUAGAAAUCCCGACGGACCUGGGGCACGGCGGGAUUUCCUCGCUUCCGGGGGGUCCGCGCGGCGCGGAAGUCCCAGGGUGCGCUCAAUCCCUCGAGGAUUCUCAAGGAUAUCCCAGGGUGGGAAAUUCCCCCUAACGAUCGUUGGCAUCUUCUACCGACAAAAUAAGCAUACACUCCUCUCGAUGUGCACCGUGAAUGUCCCUUCACUUCGGUCCGCCCUUGACGUCACGCUGAAAUCUAAGACCUAGAAUGUAGUAGUUUUCUACGAUAUUACUCGGUAACUCGUCUUUGUACACUUAUACGGAACGACCUUCCCGGUACAGCGGCGUCACCUCGUUUGUUCUCUCACCGUCUUUGCUUGUUAACGGGUGGAGGAACCACGUCCUUCAGGAUUUCCGCGCUAACGGAGAUGCGUUUGGAAGACCGAGUUCACUCGUGCCACGAGAUCGAUGGUUUUCCUUUUUCUCGAGUUACGACCUCCCGUCGAAUCUCUGCCAGAGUGCAACCGGUCCGAUGGACCUUAACCGGGCCGAGACAACCCAUGUUCGAACGGUACCUAAGAUCGUGAAAUUUCCUGCGCUUCGUUGCCGAGACCUCCGGCUGUUCGCGCUCCUAGGGAAACCCAACGAGCCCGCUCGCGAGAUAUCGUCCUUAUGCCUGCGACCGAUAGUAGAUUAACCGCAUAAACGCGCAUACCGCCACCGCAGUUAUUCCCGUCGUCAUCGUUGUUCUCGCUGUCACCGCCUAUCAUCGUCAUCGUCCUCGUCGUUGUUAUACAUUAAUGGUAAAUUAUCGACGCGGACCCGGAACGGGUCGCCCGGCUCUAUUGCCGGUCGUGCGAUUUUAACCCGUCGCGGAUUACCUUAGGCCGGGAUUUAUUAUACCAAAACGAUCUCAUGUCGAUUAUAAUGAAAUGCAAUUUCAACGUGUACGGCCGGCCGAUACGGUCCCCGCCGCUCGAGGGGUGUUCUCCGACCCGCCGACGGAGACGACCUUCCCACCAAAUCAUGACUGCUAGUGGAGUCCCGUGACGUCCUGGCGGAACGACGCGCGGUCCAGGACCUUACUCUCACGAAUGCGCGGCACGCCUGGCGUCGAAUUAACCCGGAACACCCGAAUUUCCAUAUGGGGCGGCCGAAGGAAAAAUCCACCGAGCGAGCGACCGUCACCUCGGAGUAAGGUCCUGGGGCGCGCCGAAGGCGUUUUCGCCCUGGUUUAUUUUUUGGAACGUCACCAGGCCCCUCUAGGACAUUUCGCGUAACGACUGCUGGAGAAGGCCACGGUGACACCCUGGCGACGUCGAGUCCUCUCGCCCGGGGGCGCGCGCGAAGCCCUCCACGCUCGCUCGGACCCUUACUCGCGGUCGGCCGUACGGCGCAAAGACAUAUUAUAUUAUUUUUAUUAUUACUAUUAUAUAUAUAUAUAUAUAUUAUUUUAAUAUCGAUAAAGUUACGACUACUAUUAAUGGCGAUUGUGCUACCAUUUUGCGACUAAUUAAUUGUCGCGGCCAUCGUCUCCUCCUCGCCGAUCGCCGUUGGUUCCGCCGCCGCCGAAAAGGGGAAAAAGUUACGAUUAUUCGCGGGCAAACCUCGCGAUAAUGCGCCAGAGAACUCGUUGGUAUUUCUCGAUGAUCCAGGCAAAUCAUGAGGUCGCAACCCGAGGCGAUCGGCCGGGGAUUUCGAGAAAGAGGUUCAUGCUACCGAUCUUGGCUGCUUUCCUUUCCCUUGGCGCGGCUCGACGACGUAAAUUGUUGUACUCCUCGGUGAGGAACUUUGUCACGGAGUUAUUCCUUUUAUUGAGGGACUCGAUCGACUUCGAUUUUGAUUUCUUAUUAGUUAUUCGGUUCGGUCGCGCGAUCCGGACGGAGCUUAGCGCUCGGAAGCGCGCUGAGCGCGCGCGGUUUUUAUACUGCACGUUCUUAAUUGUUAAGCGAUCUUAAUAUGGUAAUCGUGUUGUAAAGUGUGAUUAGUGUGCGGUUAAGUGUGCCCGUGAUGAAAUUUUUUCCCGAGUCGGGGGAUAAUUUGCACAAUUCGUAUAGUUUGAUGUAACGCGCGAGGCGGACACCUCGCGUCUGAUGAUUCCUGAAUUUCUUGUUCGGCGCUGAGAGGAAAGUAUCGCCCGUUCUCCUCGACAUAGUACCUAUUAAUGGAAAAUACUGCAUCGUUACAAAUACAGGAUUUUCAUAUUUUAACAUCUUUCGCGGUAUAUCCCCUGUCGUUCAUUUUAUCGAUCUCGGUGUCGAACGUCUCGAGAAAGCGGUCGGUUUAAAUCUUAUCACUAUCGUGCAGGUAACGAGCAACGUAUUCUCCUCUCAGCGGAGAUGUACGCCAUAUUUUAACCCAACUCGCGAAUUAAUCCUGUAUGCAUAAUAAGAUGCAUAAAUAAAUAACGUAACGAGACGAUGCCUCGACAGCCAGUUAUACCUAGCCCGGUUUAGGGGAACUCGUCAUUUUCUAUCGGUAUACAGUUUAUUAAUCCGGUAUAUAAUUCUCGUCGGGGCAUUCCGGUUUCUUCGGAUGAAUUUUUUUUCUCCCGAUGAUCAUAUCGUGUGCGAAAGGAAAGUAGCCAAUGGGCGUCGAAACGCGUAUCACGCACGCGAGCGUCGUGUCGUUAUCAAGCAAAAGCUCGUCCCUAGUUGGCCGGUUGAUCGUAAAAGCCGAAGCUCGAGGACCCUGGUUCGCGGGAUCUCAGGAUCGAGGAAAGGAGCUAGAGUUUAAUCAGGAAAUUUGCGUACGAUGCAUAUGUUGCGCACGCGGAAGCGGCGGGUGCGUUGCGUGUGCGUACCAUAAGUGAAACGUCAGCGACGUCCGUCACACGCAUCGCCGCGCACAACACGGGGCUUAGAUCUGUGCAUAAGGCUCGUCGUUUACUGGCCGAUAUAUAUAUAUUUUUUUUUUCUUUUUUUUUUCUAUCUACUAAGCACUAGUACAAUUCACGUGUCUGGCCUAUACGCGAUGCCGAGGCACGCUGAUCGUCGAGCUUCGCGAAAUUCUCACUUUCGGGGGGCGAGGGUUCGUACGUUAGGUUAAACGUGAACACGAAGGGGGUAAACCGACGAUCCGAUUUCUGCCAUCGGGUAUAGGCUAGGCACUCGACGUCAAGUUCGAGAAACAGUCGUCGAGGAUCCUCGAAAGAAAGUGAGAGGCGCGGUUAGAAAAAUAAGAAAUGCCAAACCCAAGAGCGAGGCCAUCUUUAACGUUGCGUCGUUCCGAUCCUCGCCAGCGAUCGAUCGCGGAUCCUCUCCACCCUGUUUCUUAUAUAUUUUUUUUAAUCGGCCGUUCCAAGCCGUAGUUCCGAUUAAAUGCAUAUUUAAUACCGAAGUCGCUAAGCGUAUGGAGUCGAGUUAUGGGAUGUGACCCGUGUUUAACCCUUUGCGCCCGACCGUCUCCUUUGGCUGAUCAAAUUAUCGUCCCAGAGGCAACCCCGGAGCGCAAAGGGCUAAGAGGGUUUCCUUGGCGACGUUCGUCGAAGAGGACGUCUCACGAUCCUCUGGCUCGCUCGGCACGCUUGCGCUACCCCCUGUGCCUCUUCGAGAAGUUCAAAUCCCCGUUCGAUGUCCUCUAGAGGAUUCAUAUUAAACCGAAUACGUAGAAUGUCUGUAUCUCGUUGGACGAAGACCAGGGUGGACGAGCGCAAGCUGCCCGACGAGGUCUUCUUCUGUCGUUGGCUCGGCACCCUCGUGCCGAACCCCCUGCGAUGAAAGUUCCGCUUUCCUCUUGCUUGCCGUAUAGGGUCGGGCCGAGAAAAUAAAACAGUGUAACUCGUAAGAUUCGCGGUUUAGAGUAGACGAGCGAAACCGUGGCUCGUGCCGAUCGGCGAGAAAACAAGAGAACUCACGAACUUUCCGGACGUCUAAUCUCUACCUUGUUACGCUUCUACCACUUCGAUCGCGUCUAAAUAAUUCUAUCUAAACAUAUAUACACAUACACCCCCCCCACUCACACAUACCUGGUAAUCGUCCUCGAACUCAUCGUCGUCGUCGCUGCCCUCGGUGUUGUCCUUGCCGUUGUCUCGGACGCCUCGGCGUCCAUUCGUACUGAAAAUCAUCUAUAUGUGUAUAUAUAGAGAAAAUAUAUAUCUACGAUAUACCUAUCGUACGUGUAUAUUUCGUGUAUAUAUAUACAGCCAUUGCGAGCGUUCGUGCAAAUAUUAUAUAUAUAUAUAUUAUUAAUAUAU